GACACUGACAGAAAUGCGGUUUAGCUGCUCAUUAAUGAACAUUUUGCUGCUUUAAAACACCAGAUCAAUGAUGCUAACCUAUUAAGGGCAGAGAAAUAAUCCUCAUCACAGCCAGAAGAGGGGAGCAGGUGCUACCUUCAAGAAACUGCUAACCAUCCAGAAAUCAAGUCAGACGGUUGGUUUCCUGAAUCUGAUCCUCGUGACGCUGACAAGACACCCGAGCUACCUGUGCAUCUAAGCAGUGGAUUCCCCCACUUACCAGUCUGCCCUCCAACGCCGCCUCUCCAGCCGUCCUCUUCCUCCCAUCAAGCCCUGGACACCCCCAGACGCCUUUCCCCCUGGUCCGGACCCUCUCCAAACCACAAUCAUCAGCCAUGGUGCAAAUAGGACUCCACCUCCUGCCACUGGUCCUUUGGCUUGGCACAGAGGAAAAGCUCCAAGUUCAAGGCCACAAAACAAAACCAGCUCAAGCACCUUUGAUCCCUCAUCUGCCUUUUGUUGUAGUCUGGAAUGCCCCUACCGAGUCAUGUCGCCUUCGAUUUAAGGUGGAUCUAGACCUCAGCAUUUUUGACAUUGUAGCAAACCUUAAUGAAACACUAAGCGGACCGAAUGUCACAAUAUUCUACCAUGGUCAUCUGGGAUACUACCCAUACUUCUCCAGCUCAGGUGUUGCUAUCAAUGGUGGCCUGCCACAGAACCAGAGCAUUUCCAAACAUCUGAACAAGGCCCGAGUGGACAUCGACAAGCUAAUACCACACAAGGAUUUUCGAGGCCUAGGUGUCAUUGACUGGGAGAACUGGAGACCUCAGUGGGUACGAAAUUGGGGUUCCAAAGACAUCUACCGUAAAAAGUCCAAGGAACAGAUCCACAAGCUCCACCCACACUGGCCAGAAAGCAAAGUUGAAAAAGAAGCAAAGGAUCGUUUUGAAAAGUCAGGGCAAGCUUUCAUGAAUCUCACUUUGGCACUGGCUGAAGCGCGGAGACCAGACGGUUUGUGGGGGUUCUAUCUUUUUCCAGACUGUUACAACUAUGGCUACAAACAACACCCACAAUGCUAUACUGGUGAAUGUCCCAAUGUUGAACAUGUACGCAAUGACCAUUUAAUGUGGCUCUGGAAAAAAAGCACAGCCCUCUACCCAUCCAUCUACCUGGACUUUGAGCUGAAAUCUUCCUCAAACACCAUUAAGUUUGUUCACUAUCGAGUGAAAGAAGCCAUGAGGAUUGCAACCAUUGCACGUACAGACUACACAUUGCCUGUCUUUGUCUACUCCAGACCUUUUUAUGCCUACACCUUUGUUGUGCUUUCAGAGAGUGACUUAGUUCAUACUAUCGGGGAGAGUGCUGCUUUGGGAGCAUCAGGUGUUGUCCUUUGGGGAUCAUCAGAGUAUGCUCAGUCAAAGAGAAACUGCCUUACUGUAAAGAAGUACAUUGAUGGACCAUUAGGACAUUAUGUCAUUAAUGUCACUGCAGCMGCUAAAUUAUGCAGCAAAGCACUAUGCAAAAAGAAUGGAAGAUGUGUCCGCAAGAGCCUGGACUCGCGUUACUAUCUCCACCUCAACCCACGUUACUUUCACAUCCACCAUAACCCAGCCCCUGGUCACCCUCGCUUUGAGGUAAGGGGUCACCUCAACAGCCAUGACAUCCUGGACAUGAGGCACAAGUUCACCUGCCAGUGCUACCAGGGCUGGACUGGUGUUUACUGUGAGAUCCCACAGACACAGCCACCACAUCUAUCCCCUCCUGUCCCUUGGGGCAAAAGCCUGGUGGCAUAUAUUAUGCUCCCCCUUUCUGUCCACUUCCCUUGUCUGUGCAUUAUCAUGUUCUUGGGACUCUGUCUGGUCAUUCUGUAGACAUAAAAAAUAUCAUAACUCCAUGGUAUUUUCAGUGUUCAGUUUAAACUAAUUAAGCUUGAGAGCAGCCCUCAGCAACCCUGGACACAUUAACAGUCCAAUGACAAUAAUUCCAGAUUUGAUUUUUGAAUUGUAUGUCUGUUCCUAUCAUUGUACUGCUGCUGAUUACAAGGUUUCAAUGCGUUGAUUGGUUUUUGGAUAUGGACAAUUCCAAGUGAGGACAAUUCCAAGGGCCCUGGACAGACAGGGGUCCCCACAAAAGAGGUUUUUUUGUUCACAGAAAUAGAAAAAAAUUAAGACCCUGUCAAUUACAAAAUUCAUCAUGUUCCGUUUUAAAAAAUUGUUUUUAGCAGUAAAAAUUACAUGUUACCCCUCCUAGACUAAAAAGCAUACAUUUAUAUUUGCACUGAAUUUUUUCCUGGAUCUGCAUGCAAUAGUUUGUUCCUGCUUGGAGCGCUUGAAGGUGACAGUGGUCAGCAGCUUGAGGUACCUAAAUGCGGGCAGGGAACCAAUCAUGGUGGGCCCGCAGCCUCAAAGAGUGAACCCACAAAAUCUAACCUCUAUAUCUUUAACCCAUGUCCCGUAAAAAAGGUGAGCAACACUGUGUUCAAUGACAAG